ACCUGUUUAUCCAAUGGACGAUGAGCUAAUAAAGCUACGCAUGGUUAGUCAAUUACAAAGAUUUGGAUUAACUGAGCAUUUCAAAAAUGAAAUUGAAAGAAUUUUGAAACAAGUUUACAGGAACUACAAGGAAAAAGAAUCAAAUGUAAUUGCAACGACAAUGAGCUUAGUCGCUAUGCAACUAUACAAGGAUUCGUUGGCGUUUAGAAUACAAGGGUACAACAUAUCAUCACGAAUAUUUUGUUGGUUCUUAAAUAAGAAAAAACUUCGGGACCAUAUUGAAAAAAAUUAUCAGAGUUUCUCCACCGUCAUGCUUAGUGUUUAUAGGGCAACAAAUCUUAUGUUUGCCGGAGAAGAUGAAGUUGAGGAUGCAAGAUCAUUUUCGAAAAAAUUACUACACAAGACUCUACAAAUUGCCUCAUUGAAUCAAUUUAACUUUGACAGUGCAAUCCCCAAUUUUCAUGCAACGAUUGAGUAUGAACUGAGAAGUCCAUGGAUUGCUCGGUUGGAUCAUCUUGAACACAGAAUGUGGAUUGAACAGAAAGACUCGAAUGCUUGCUGGAUGGGCAAGGCAUCCUUUCAUAGGUUAUCAACUCUUCAAAACAACAAGCUUAUCCAACUCGCUACAAAAAACUUCGAGUAUCGACAAUCGAUAUUCAAAAAUGAACUCGAUCAUCAUCUAAAAGGGUGGACAACAAAGUGGGGAUUUGAUAAAAUGAGAUUUGCUCGGGAGAAAACCACAGAUUGCUACUUCGCUUUUGCGGCCUCCAAUGCGCUAGACCAUUACUCCAAUGUACGAAUCAUUCUUACCAAGGCAGCAAUCCUCAUCACAGUUGCCGACGAUUUUUUUGACAUGGAAGGUUCUUUACAUGACUUGCAAAUCCUUGCUGAUGCAGUUCAAAGAUGGGAUUCUAAUGGCUUGACUGGCCACAGCAAGAAAAUCUUCAAUGCACUUGAUGAUCUUGUUACAGAUUUUGCAGCAAAAUAUCUCCAAUGCCAAGGGAUUGAUAUAACCAACCAUGUCCGGGAUCUAUGGAGAGAAACAUUCAUGUCAUGGCUGACAGAAGCUACAUGGAGCAAGACCGGAUGUGUACCAUCCAUGGAUGAAUACCUGCAAACUGGCAUGAUUUCCAUUGCUGCACACACUUUAGUUCUUCCAGCUGCAUGCUUCUUGAAUCCAAGCUUACCUAAUGAAAUAUUCAAGUCAUUCUCUUAUGAAUAUCAGACUCUUACCAAGUUAGUAAUGUUGAUAUGUCGUUUGUUGAAUGAUACUCAAAGCUAUCAGAGAGAACAGGAGCAAGGCAAGUUAAAUUCAGUGUUGCUCCAUAUGAGAGAGAAUCCAGAUGUUAAGAUUGAAGACUCUGUGUCAUAUGUUAAAGAUAUAAUUGAUAAAAAGAGCAAAGAGUUCCUUGAACACGUUUUAAUGGACGAUCUAAGUGACAUGCCUAAAUCAUGCAAGCAACUCCAUUUAUCGAUUUUCAAAGUGUUCCAAAUGUUUUUCCACUCCUGCAAUCGAUUUGAUACAGAGACGCACAUAGACAUUCUUCAAGACAUCCAAAAAGCAAUUUAUCUUCCUCUAGCUGUUCAACCUUCAAAGCCAUGGAAGCAGCAGUCUUUUCCUCGACUUUCUCAUCAUGUGAAUUCUGGAUCGAGGAAAGAUUAUCAUCCAAGAAUCAACUCUCGCAUUGCUUUACCCUUCAAGUGUUGGCGUAUAAUAACAAAAUAUCUUUGCCCAAAAAUUUCAUUUGAAUGCCUCUAUUUU